AAAUUCCCAAUUUUAAUUUUGAAUCACAAUUUACCUUCACCUGCUUUCUCCUUUUGCUAGCAAAUCUCAACAAUGGCGCAACAAGGACAAUACCCAACAAUCCCGACCCUUCAACCUUACACUCAACACCACCACCAGUACAUCCCUCCACCACAUCCGCCGCUUCAACCUCCACACCCCCACCACCAACCCCUAAACAUCCCUUACCCCCACCAAUACCACCACCACCACCCUCAUCAAUACGCCGAUUAUGCCUCUGUUCCUCAGCUUCAACACAUGCCUUUGCCCCCAAUUCAAUACCCCACUUACCCACCACCCCAUUACUCCGACCGACUGUCCUCAAAGCGUCCCCGUGAGCCCGUUUCGGACUCGGCCGAGGUGCCGUCCACGAAACGGCAAGCUGUGGGGAAUGAUAUUUUGUUUAGAGUUGUUGUUCCUUCUGGACAAAUUGGGAAGGUGAUUGGGAAAGGUGGUCAUAGGGUUCAGAAGAUUAGGGAUGAUACUAAGUCCACCAUCAAGAUAGCUGAUCCUAUUGCUCGAUACGAGGAACGUGUUAUAAUUAUUAGUUCUAGAGAGAAUGAAGCUGGGGGUAUCAGUGAUGCGGAGAAGGCUUUGCUUCAGAUAGCUUCUCUUAUCCUUGCGGAUGAUGGAACUAGUGCACCUGCAGUAAGCAUUGCUGCUGCAACUGAUCCCUAUGCUGCUUCUGGCAUCAGUGGAGGACAUGCAGUUGCAAAUUCAGUAAAGCUGUUAAUAGCUGGUUCACAAGCGGGUGGCUUGAUAGGGGUUUCAGGUCAGAACAUUGAAAAGCUUAGAAACUCUUCUGGUGCUACAAUUGCAGUUCUUGCGCCUAACCAAUUGCCUCUGUGUGCAUCUGCUCACGAAUCUGAUCGCAUGGUCCAGAUAUCAGGUGAAGUCCCAGCUGUAAUGAAAGCCGUAGAGGAGAUUGGUGUUGAACUUAGGCAAAACCCACCCAAGCAAGUAAUUUCAAUCAGCCCAACAUACAACCUGAGCAUUGCACGAGCAGCACAGAAUUAUAUGGACCCAAACGCUGCUGAAUAUGUGACAUUGGAUAUGGUAAUCUCGGAAACAAUGGUGGGAGGCUUGAUUGGCAGAGCUGGUUCCAACAUUUCGAGGAUUAGAACUGAAUCUGGUGCAAUGAUUAAGGUAUUUGGUGGAAAAGGGGAGAAUAAACAUAGGCAGAUCCAACUUAUUGGCUCAGCUCAGCAGGUAGCCUUGGCAAAACAGAGAGUUGAUGAAUACAUUUAUACUCAACUGACGCAACAACCUGCUGCUGAGCAGUCAGUUUAAAGCUCUCUUACCUCAAACUUUAUCAUUGAGAAACUUGGGUUUCCCGUCUUGCAGAUUGCCACAGUGAAGAUGAAGUUUGUCGCUUGCCAUAGCUAAUGCUUCUACCCACUUGCUUCUCGUGUGAAAGGUAACUUAGGAGUGUGUUUUUUUGGUAUAAAUAUGAGCAGCAACCUCUAUACUUUGAGGGGCAAGCAAAAAGGAUCACAUUCGACAGCCAUGCUUUAUCUUUGUUACUGGUUUUAUUUUUUACUUUCUCCUGGUUUAAAUUUUAAUUAAUAGGUUAUGUUUCUACUUUAUGAAAAACGAUGUGGUAUUUGCAUAGUUGAUGUAUUGGAUAUUGACAUUUAGACCUGGUGUAUGUACUAGAGACGUGCUCGUUUGGAUUACAGUAAUAGAUACUCCACAAACAAACUCUCAGUUCCGACUUUUGGAAGUUUUUGUGAUGAUAUUUUAUUUACUCGUAGAA